ACAACAUCGAUCGUCAUUUGAAGAAGUAAGCCAGUACGACAUUUCAGUCACAAAAAUGGCGCCUUCAUCUUCUCAAGAUCAUAGGCAUAAGAGGCGUAAAAUAUCUUUGGAUGGAUCUUCUGCGCCCACCAAGACUGGUAGCGUGCAAAUAUCAUCUCACAAGCAGCUUCAUGACUUGCUGUAUCCUCAGCAAACCUCACAUAAUGCUCACCAGGGGGUCGCCUCAUUCAAAGAGUUUUUGACAUCGAUAGACCAGUCAGAAUCUGACGCUGAAAAGGCUCCGAAAUUUCAGAUCCUCAAAGCUUAUUGCGAUUCGCAGAUGCCCAAGAGCGAAGAUGCUGUCUGUUUUCCGGAUCUAAUUCAAACCUGGAAUCUUGCAGAGAGUAAUAAUCACGAAAAUAUUCUUGUGCUUGUCCCUUCAGUGUUGGCACAGUUUUUGAAGACCGUCUCUACUCAGCUGGAGUUUAGAGAGUUUGGCAUUGCUUUAUGUAAAAGUCUUCUACAAAAAGAACAAUUGCGCGUGUUCAACCGUCAUCUUACUGCGCCAAAAGCAAAAGAGCAUUUGUUGUCCCCCUGCAUCCGUCUGCUCACGGAGAUUGUCAGCUUCGAUGGUGGUGCAGUAGCCCGUCUAGUCUACGCCAAGCGAGAUAUUACCUACAAACGACUGGAACAGUUUCUGACGCCAAAUAAGUCCCAACUUGAAGAAAACUCCACGGAUUCCAAGAGAAAAUCGACUCUCCGACGAAAUGCUCAGCGCUAUGUGUUAGCCAAUCUAAGGUUUCUGCAGGGCCCUGCGAAAAGUGAUUUUAUCGAACAGCACAAAGUUAUCAGAGCUUUUCUGGAAUUCAUUCGUCGUGACUCUCGUGAACUUGUGAUUGAUAUCAUUAAAUCUAUCGAUCGGGACGUUGCUCAUGACUCCUCUAUUGCUCGAGUCACCAAGUCAAGGUUUUUCAAUAAAUGGAACCUGGAGCGCCUGGUCACUCUCUAUGGAUAUGAUAAAGACUCCAGCGCCGAAGACUCGGAAAUUUCAAUUCCCAAUGAAAUACAUAAACUUUUAUUACAGGUUUGCACAAUCCCUGAAAUGGGAGUCGUUCUUCCGCAGAACGGCUGGUAUCCACCAUCGAGCGAUUCUAAUCUUCCGAUAAUGGAAGACCAAGACUCCAUUGAUUUAGGUUUAGAUGCACCCUUCCAUCUACAGAAAUUCACAGAAUCUGUUCCAGUGCGCAAUGGGACCUUAUCCGCCCUCAUUCGGGUAUUACGCCCAGACUCUGAUACACUACAAACAGAACUUUUGCUGGAAGUGUUCAAGUCUGCACCUGAGCUAGUCGCUGACUUCUUUGCUAAAAGAGUAAUGUUUACUGCCGAACCCAAGGCUACGCCGACAUGGCUUGGUGAAUCGGCGUUUUUAUUCUCGGCGGUCCAGCUCCCAGCUCUUGCUAACUGUGGUUGGAAAGGGGAGAAGACAGCACUGCCGCCGCCUGUUUCCAUUGUCAUCGAAAGCAUAUUACCCCGUCCGCUAAACCAAAAGACAUUGACAAGGUGUCUCAAUCAAAAUACGGACCCGAUUGUCACGUUGUUUGCUAUUCGGAUUUUGACAGCUUCUUUCCGCAAGCUCCGUGCUGUCUUAAAAAUUUUUAAGGGUGAUCAUGGUCACUCUCAGCCCUUCUGGGAUCAAGCAUCAGAAAAAUUGGUGAUAGAUUUCUGUGAUCGUUGUCCUUCGAUCAAAGAUGUUAUUCUCAUUUUCAAGCGAACUUCAAAAGAAGACAUUCAGCAGCAGGAAGCAGUCAUGGAGUUGCUUUUCAUGUAUCAUGAUGUCAUUCCAGCAGUUGCAUGCGAAGAAAAUUUCGACGUCAUCAUGGUCAUGGUGGAUAUUUUGAGACAGUUGGAGGAUUCUGAGCUUUCAGAGGAAGAUUCAAAAGCAGCGUUGAGCUUAUUACAAAAUACCUUGCAUAUUGCUCAUCGUUCGGCGUCCAUGCGGUGGUGGCAACAACCAGCAUCUUUCCAGUUCUCUGCUUUUACAUGCAUCUUAAAAGUGCUGAUUACCACUUCCGAUAUCAACUUCAUGAAGCAGAUACAUGUGUUGCUAAGAUCAGUUUUAGCGGAGCACUCAAUUUUGAUAGAUUCGAAUGCUUCAUUUGAUGCAUUAAUACUGAGCUUGAGAGAGGCCGCUUCAGAAGCUUUACUUCCACAGCUGCACUUUCUUGAUAAUUGCUUAUGCCGUACUGCCAAAAAACCAGUUCACUAUGAGGAUCUCAUCACAUCCUUGCUUGACGGCCGUGAAGAGCCUUUGAGUUUCUUAGUUGCCACAGUGAAUGAGCAAUGGCCCUUUAUACUUAAGAGUAAGGAUUCAUCGAAAGAAGAAUCUGUGGCGUCGUGGCUGGCCUCAUUCCUUCGACAUUUGAAGUUAGCUGGAGAAGACAAAAAGGCCUUGAAGGCAGUACGUGACAAUCUAUACGAGAUUUCCGAAACCAAGAAAACGAAAUCCAUUUUCAAAAAGGCGUCUAAAGAUAGCGAUCAAAUGGAAACCGAGGACCUGGAAAUGCUUGAUGUUGAACUUGAUAAGCAACCGCAAAGUCACCUUAAGCCAUCGAUUGAACUUCUCGAUCUGUUUGGGCCCCUUCCGGUUGAAAGCAAGAGCCACACAGAGUUGUACAGAUGGGAAAAUGAAGAAAUAGACGCCGCUAUUGAACAAGGCCGCAUCAAAGAUCUCAUGCUCUGCUUGUGCUCUAAAUACGAAGAGAUUAGGCGACAAUCAUUUGCAGCUCUCACGCGUCUGAUGGCGAAAUUGGAGAAUUCAAAAUACGCUGAAUGGCGAUCGAUCUACCUUCUCGUCGGAGAAAUACGCGAAACCGUCAACAAAUUAGGAUUUGAGACCCCUCUUCCUUAUAUUGCUGGUGAACUAAGCGCUAGCUGCUUGACUGUUUUAACCGACCCACUACACAAGAUGUACGGCAAAGUCAAUAAAUAUCUACAGAAACAACCGGCGUGGGAAAUUGAAAAGAUACCAUCCUAUUGGAUUGAUAAAAUCAUACUUCAUGAACCCGAGAAUGAUGAUGGCUACACCGAAGAAGUAACAUGGCUUUUAGACUUGCUUGUCGAAGGCCUUCGAACAUCACAGGACUUGGAUAUCUAUCGCCGGGCAAAUGUAUUUGAACAUAUCCUAUCGCUCUAUAACACUUCAACAUUGAAAAGUCCUUUAAAGAACAAGAUAUUGCACCUACUGUUCCGAGCUACUCAAGUCAACGGUGGCACGACACUUAUCACCCGGGCUGCAAUUGUCAGUUGGAUUGAAAGUUGCAUAGCAGCCUCGGACUCUCAUGUCGCUCUCCUCACAGAUUUAGCUCACGCUGUCUAUGAAUCUAGUGAUAAGGAGAGGGUCGAUGCCUGGAGUGGUCAUACAGUAUCUCAAGCUAUCGAGCAGAUAGCUGCGUAGGGACAGCUACACAUCAAAAUUUCUUCCACUCAAAAUAGCUUUUAUAGCUGAAACAUUGCAAUUACAAUGUAAUUCUUGGAUUAGUGAAUUCCACUUUAAACUAAGAAGCCUUUACUUUAAUGUUUCACCAAUAGGCGACCU